UGCCCUUUCUUUCACAAAGCAGUAACACUCUCCGAGUCUCAGGUUGAAGAAAGACGAAGAACUGAAGAAGCAUAACGCAUAAAGUCAUAAAGAUGUUGUGGGUCGACAAGUAUCGUCCCAAAACCCUUGACAAGGUUAUGGUCCACAACGACGUCGCUCAGAACCUCAAAAAAUUGGUUGCGGAACAGGAUUGCCCCCAUUUACUCUUCUAUGGUCCAUCUGGCUCUGGCAAAAAAACCCUAAUUAUGGCUCUUCUCCGCCAAAUGUUUGGACCUGGUGCUGAAAAGGUUAAGAUGGAAAACAGGACAUGGAAAGUGGAUGCUGGGAGUAGAUCUAUUGAUUUAGAGCUGACGACAUUAGCAAGUGCCAACCACAUUGAAAUGAGUCCAAGUGAUGCUGGUUUCCAAGACAGAUACGUUGUCCAAGAAAUAAUCAAAGAAAUGGCUAAGAAUAGACCCAUUGAUACUAAGGGGAAGAAAGGAUUUAAAGUUCUCGUGCUCAAUGAUGUUGACAAACUCUCUAGAGAAGCCCAACAUUCUCUCCGCCGAACCAUGGAAAAAUACAGCUCUUAUUGCAGAUUAAUUCUAUGUUGCAAUAGUUCUUCAAGAGUUACAGAAGCAAUCCGCUCUCGUUGUCUAAAUGUUCGAAUAAACGCACCAAGUGAACAACAGAUUGUAGAAGUUUUAGAAUUCAUUGGUAAGAAAGAAGGGCUGCAACUUCCUUCUGGAUUUGCUGCUCGCAUAGCAGAGAAAUCAAAUCGGAAUUUAAGGAGGGCCAUAUUAUCAUUUGAGGCUUGCCGUGUCCAACAGUAUCCCUUCACCGACAAACAAGCAAUUCCCCCAAUGGACUGGGAGGAAUAUAUUUCUGAAAUUGCAUCUGACAUAAUGAACGAACAGAGCCCAAAAAGGUUGUUUCAAGUUCGAGGAAAGCUGUAUGAGCUGCUAGUCAAUUGCAUUCCUCCAGAGAUCAUUUUGAAGAGGCUUCUUUAUGAGCUAUUAAGGAAACUGGAUGCAGAACUAAAGCAUGAAGUUUGCCAUUGGGCUGCAUAUUAUGAACAUAGGAUGCGUCUUGGACAGAAGGCCAUUUUUCACAUCGAAGCAUUUGUGGCUAAGUUCAUGAGCAUAUAUAAAUCUUUCCUCAUUGCAACAUUCGGCUGAAGUUCACAUGAUGGUUUGUUUUUGAGCUAUUUCAUGAUACAUGUUAAAUGUAUUAUGUAUUGGAAACAGCUUCAUGCAUAAGGGGAGUUUUUAUAUCUUGUCUACUGGAGGCUUUCCCAUCGUGUAUGCAUACUGCAAUUAUCAUGACAGAGUUUUGUUUUGGUUUGUAGAGGUGUUAUGUUUUUAUCAAAUUGUGUGGACUUUGCAUGGUGUUUGAUUUCCCUACCCGUUCCUC